CAUAACUGAAACUAGGUAAGAGUUGAAGGGUAUUAUUUAUUUAAUUUUGUUUUGGUUCGCCGAUAACCUUUGACGACGCCGAUGCAUGUCUGAGGACUGUCCCCGUACGCGAAAGAAAGGCAACACAGAUUGAAGAAGGGACGCGGAAUUUGACGUCUGGAUCCCCAAACCCCUUCGAAAUAGCGCAGUUUCCUUCUCCACAGCCACGCCUCUUCCCCCAUUCUUACAUUUUCUCCGAAAUCUUCUACUCCUCUCUCUCCCCCACAUCAAUCGCCAAUCUUCUCCACUGGAACCUUUUUUCGCCGCAUCAAUGGCGUCCCCCUCUGCGUUUUCACCUCCCCAGAUCUGACCCUUCUGCAUUGCCUGGCUUUGCAGCUUCCCAUUCUACUGUUUGGGGAUGCUGAUGUUUUAGCUCUGUGCCGGAUCUCGCGCUGGAAGCGUACUUGGAUUUGGGACCAAUUGGGGAUGGAAAUGGAAUUGUCUUCUUCCGUCAAUUCUUCCGAAAUCAUCCGGGAUCCUUUUGAGGACAAAGAAUGGCAGGAAGAUCGUUUGCUUAGUGUGGCAUCAAAACCCUCUCAUUUUAGGAUUGACCCUGACGAUGGGUUCCACUCGAUGAGCGCAUUGCAGAUCUUGAGAGAAACCGUUCGGAUUCUUCGGUACAAUUCCACCGCGUUUGUACUUAUUGCUAUUUUGCUAAUUUGCCCUGUUUCCGCCGUGUUUCUUUCCAAUAUGUUGGUUGAUGAGUCGAUUGUCAAGAUGCUGACUAUUCGGUUGAUUUUAGUUGCCAAGUCCAGUGGGCUCCCGUUGAUGCCUAUUAUCGAACACUCGUGCCAGAGAUUUGCAGAGACGAUUCUUUCGUCGGCAAUGUGCUUUCCUUUGUUCAUUACCCUUUCUUUGAUAUCAAAAGCUGCUGUCGUUCAUACGGUGGAUUGUACAUACGCCAAAAGAAGGUUCGAAGCAGGCCAGUUUUUUGCCUUAGUUCGUAAUAUAUGGAAUCGUCUUCUCUCUACGUAUGCUUCGGUGUGUCUUGCGAUUGUUGGUUGUCUUACGACGUUCUUGGUUCUCCUUGGUGCUGUUUGCAGUACAAUUUACGUAUUAGGGUUCUCGCCUGAUCUAAUUGUAUCUGCUGCUGUGAUUUUGGGACUUAUCUUCUCUGUUAUUUUUGCUAAUGCUGUCAUAAUCUGCAACAUAGCUAUUGUUAUUUGUGUGUUGGAAAAUGUUGCAGGCCCUGGGGCAUUGCUUCGGUCGUGUGUCCUAGUCAGGGGUCAGACUCAAGUGGGGCUUUUGAUAUUUCUGGGAUCUACAAUUGGGACUGUCUUUGUGGAGGGAUUGUUUGAGCACAGGGUUAAAACUCUGAGCUACGGAGAUGGGUCUUCCCGGAUAUGGGAAGGCCCCCUCUUGGUGGUUAUGUAUUCAUUUGUCGUCCUUACUGAUUCUAUGAUGAGUGCAGUUUUUUACUUCAGCUGCAGAUCUUCAAGUAUGGUGAUAUCGAAUGGUGAACACGAUUCGGUUUUGGAUAUUGAGGAUUCUGAUGGAUCAAUUGGUAUUCUUUGAUUUGAUAGUUUCAUAGAUUGAUUAGACACGGAGAACUUGUUUCUAGAUGAUACCAUAGAAGAGAUGAUAGUGCCGAUCAGGAAAUUUGUACUUCUUUUAUUGUUGCCUUGAUUUCCCUUCUGUCAAUAGUCACAAAAGAUCUGAGAUGUUGGGGGAGAUUACAUCAAUACAUGCAAUGGCAAGAGUCCUGGUAUAUUCUUACAUUUUUUAUAUAAUACUUCAUACAAAUGGAUAUAUAUAUUGGCUUCAUUAAUGAGCAUAAGAUGCAAAGAAAUUGUCUCUCUCUCAUGUGAAAAGAUUGGGAAAACUCUGGUUGAUUGGUUUUCUAAUGCAAACAGCCAAGAGGCAUAUUCUGUGGCAAUGCUUGGAAUGUAAACAAUCAUUUGGUGUUGUUUCAGCUCCAUUUGUCCCCAUUAAUUAACUCUCACUCACAUGGUGGUCAGAAUGUUGAGUUUUGUUCAGGAAAAAUGAAUAUGAUAAAGAAUGGUGUUGUGUAGUAGAAAGUUGAAGAGAAGUGAUGACCAGAUUCCUUCUUCAAACAUUGUAUUCAAGUUGGAGGGCUGUAAAUGAGUAUAAAGAUUUGAUGUUCAUUUGGAAGAACGGAUCGAGUUUCUAGAGGUCGGUUAUUCCUUUAUUUUGAUUAUUUCAGAAGAAUAUUGUCCAUUUUAGACACAACCCUGUUCUGUAUUUGUUUUGCUCUUUUGUUACUGUUGGAAACUCAAGCGGCAUCUAUACAAACAAUAAGUUAUAAAUCAA